AUGGAAUGGGCAGUAGUACUAGAGUAUCCAGGAAUGCAACAUCUUUUUUGUAUUUGGCAUGUUAAGGAAAAUAUAAAAAAGAUGUUGCAUAGUAAGUUAGAGGAUUCAUUUGAUGAGUUUUACAGUAAAUUUUGGCAAUGCAGAAAUGCAGAUACAUUACAUGGUUUUGAGUACUAUUGGGGGCAAUUUAUAAGUUUUCCUAAUGCAAGGUUGUAUCUUGAAUGUUAUCUUUAUAAAUGUCGGUUUUCGUGGGCAUGUGCUUUCACUGUAACAGCAUUUACACUAGGAAUUCAAUCUACAUCUUUCGUUGAAAGUCAAAAUGCAUGCAUUAAGAGAGUGUUAGAAAGCAGUAAUACAUCUUUGUAUGAGUUGGGUAAAGUACUGAUGGAGCGAAAUAAUGAGGAGCAAAAACGAAAGCAAUUUGAAGAAUGGAAACAUGGUACUCUUUCUUCAACAAUUGUUGUUACUAUUUUUCCUGCUAUUGAAUCUUUAGUAAAAUGCUAUUUAAGGCUGAAUGUUUCUCAUUUUUUAAUAGAACAAAUGAAGAAAAGUUUGUAUUAUAUGGCCAGUCAUUCUACAGUUGAAGAGGUUGAGUCACUUAUUAUUUGUGAAUUAUCACAAAGUAAAGACAUGGAUGGUGAACUUGAUGCUGUUAAUUUAUCAGCCAAAUGUCUUCUGGAUCGCUUAGAACGAAAUACAAUUGAGGAGAUUUGGAAAUUGUCAAGAGUUACAAGCAGUAAAAUUAAUCAUUUUGUAUUUCUUCUUUCUAAUAGCUUAUAUAGUUAUAUGUGCCCUUUACAACAAAAAAAAGGUCUUGUUUGUUGGCAUUUUUACUAUUUGCUAAAUAUUACAGAGAAGUUACAGUUUAGUUUAUGCCUAAUUGCCAAGCGCUGA